AUGAAUAAUAAGGAAGUUAUUUAGAAUGAAAAGAAGUAAAACAAGGUUUUAUUCGAUCUUAAAGAAUGCGAUGAGCUAUUCUAAAAAGAUAAAUCUUUAAAGCAAGCAAAAGAUAUAGUGAAUAUUUAAAACUAAAUUAAAUAAAUGAAAGACAAUGAACUAAAUUUCUAUAAAAAUUUAAGAUUAGAUAAUAAAUCUAAAGAGAAAAUAUUUGGCAUUAAGCCUGAUAGUCUUAAUUCGAAAAUAAAUUAAAACGUAGAAGAUGAAUAAAGUAAUAUACCAAAUAAUGGUAACAACAGUAGAACAGAUGUAAAUGGAAAAGUUAUAGUUUAAGAUCCUUUAUAGGGCAAUUUAAUCAUGACAAUAUAAGAAUACAAUAAUAUCUAUUUAAAAGAUCCUAUGAAUUUUUGA